UGCCAUUACAGGUGCCGGAAGGUUACCACCGCUGCCAGCACUGCCAGCAGAUGUAUAUUACAGGUGCCGGAAGGUUACCACCGCUGCCAGCACUGCAUGCAGAUGUUUGCCAGCGAGGAACGCUUCCAGCACCACAAGACCCGGGGGCUGUGCCAGCACCAGCACCGCUGCCAGCACUGCGGCCUCCACUGCUCCAGCCUUAAGAGGCUAGACAAGCACCAGCAGCGCUGUAACAAGGACCCCCGCGGUGUGGGGGGCGCGGGGGGCAGGCGGCGGCGUAAGGACAAACCACCGCCGCUGGUGGGCACCACCGCCCCCACCACCGCCCCCGCUACCGCCACCUCCACCGACGACAUCUUGUGUGAACGAUGUAACUACAACCGUGACUGCUGCUGCACGUUCACGUGCCCUGCGUGCGGCAAGCGCGUGUUCAGCGUCCUGGCGUACACGCAUCACAAGCACAAGACGUGCCCCGUCGUGCGCAUGCGCAGGGACAAGAUCAGGUCUGCGCUCAUCGAGAAACGUAAACUCAAGGAAUCCGCAUCCUGCGAUGCAAGUCCUGCUAAAAAAAUCAAAUUGGAGGCUGGGAGAACCGAAGGAGGUGGUGGUUCUUCUUCCGGAGAACCCGGAAGAACCGGAGGUGGUGGUUCUUCUUACGGAGGACCCGGGAGAACUGGAGGAAGUGGUUCUUUUGGGGAACCCGGUAGAACCAGUGGUGGUAGUUCUUCCGGAGAACCCGGUGGAACCGGAGGAGGUGGUUCUUACAGGGACCAAUGUAGGACCGAGGAACCGGUGUCUGACUCUGAUGAGGAGGCUGUUAAUUUCAACUUGAGUAACUUUAGUAGCUUAGGGGCGUCCGUGCUGGGGUAUGAUGUGACUGCUACAACGGGUGAUGAUGAGGGUGAUGAUGGGGGUGAUAUGGGUCAUGAUGAUGGGGGUGAUAUGGGUCAUGGUGAUGGGGGCAGUAAGCUGCAGCAAAAGAGCGGUUCGCUAAAAGCUGAUAUGAUGAACGGUACUAAGACCUGGGCUGGUAAGGUUGCUACUUCUGGUGUUGGUGAAACUGGGCAUGGCAAGUAUGGUGGAGGUGGUAAGUAUAGUGAGUAUUUAGGCAAGAAUGGUGAGGGUGGUAGUCUAGAGGUUAAGUCCAGUGAACAAAGGCAAGGGCUAAUGCCUGGUGCCAAGGCAGUCGGCUACGAGAAAAUACACGAUUUGAAAAGCGAGGCUGGAAAUGCCAAAACAAACUCGCUAAAUGUUUGGAAGACUAAAUUUCAGUCGGCAAAAGUGGUUUCUCGCGUUCAUUCAAAAGCCAGCCUCAAUCUUCCUUCAAAAGCCAAGCCUAACCUGCUCGUAAAAACUGGAUAUAGCGCCCCCUCUAAACCCAGCCCUAACCUAACCUCUAAAUCCACCCCUCAUCUACCCUCUAAAUCCAGCCCUCAUCUACCCUCUAAAUCCAGUCCCCAAAAACCCAGCAAUAAAGUUACUGUGAAGAAAAUCCUCAUGGUAACCACUGAGAAAAAAAGCAACGGACCCCCAAGUUCUGUUCAACCCCCGACAACCUCAACCCCUAGUGUAACUCCCGGGACAAAACCUGCUGUAGAUGAGCCUCCGUCCAGUGAGGCAGCGGACAUUCUGUCCACCAGCGGCCGACGGAUAAAGAAACCAAAAAAGCUUUUCGACAACGCUUACGAUGAUGCAGGCGUUGAUGAGGCUUGCAGGGCUAGACCUUCAUCCUUCAGACCCUCGUCGUCCAUCAGACCCUCAUCGUCGUCCAUCAGACCCUCGUCGUCCAUCAGAGCCUCGUCAUCGGUCAAAAGGACGCCGGUGACAGUCGCAGUACGAACUUCGGCGGCCGGGGGCGGAAAUGUUGCUAAGAAACUUGCAUGUGAAACCAACCUCAGUGGCAACCUCAGUGGCAACCNCAGGCGGUCAAAAGGACGCCGUGGCAACCUCGGUGGCAACCCUCGCGGCAACACCAGUGGCAACCCUCGGGGCAACCUCAGCGGCAACCUCAGUGGCAACCCCCGGGGCAACCUCAGUGGCAACACCAGUGGCAACAUCGCCGUGUCAGUGGCAGCGGAUGUCAACAGCUCCAGGAUAACCUCUGCGGCGACGAGAGCAGCAGCAGUAAGCAGCGUACUGAGCAGCAACGCUGGCAAGAUUAUAACGCUGUCUACGUCUGCGCUGUCGCCACGAACAAAACAGCUGUUGACAACUGUUGCUGCUGGACACAAAACAGCUGCUGGACCAGCCAGAGUCUUGACCUUGACUAACGCCAGCCAAGCGGCCUUGACUAACGUUGGUCAAGGCCAGUCGUAUGUCAUCAAUCCCAGCCAAAUAAUUGUCACUAGCUUGGCUGUUGACCAACAACAGCAGCAGCAACAGUAG